AUGUCCUACAUGCCCCCCUCCCCGCACCCCAUCAUCAGCACCCAGAGGAGCCGGUUCAGGGGAAGACUGCUCCUUCCCAAGGGUCGGACCACCAGACUCAGGGACUCUUUUAAGCUGAUUCGUUUCCAGGCCCGACGCACUGAGACGCAGAUUAAGGAUCAGUUUAAGAAGCUUCACCAGUUUCUGGAAGAGGAAGAGGAGGCCAGGCUGGCUGCAAUGAGGGAGGAAGAGGAGCAGAAGAGUCAGAGGAUGAAGGAGAAGAUGGAGGCUCUGAGCAAUGAGAUAGCAGCUCUUUCAGACUCAGUCAGAGCCACAGAGGAGCAGCUGAGAGCUGAAGACGUCUCAUUCCUGAUCAACUACAAGGCUGCAGUGGGAAGAGUCCAGCAGCGCCCCCUGCUGGAGGAUCCACAGCUAGUCUCAGGAGCUCUGAUAGACAAGGUCCAAUACCUGGGCAACCUGGGCUUCAACAUCUGGACCAAGAUGAAGGACAUGGUCUCCUACACUCCUGUGAUUCUGGACCCAAACACUGCUUAUCCAAUACUCAUCCUGUCUGAAGACCUGACCAGUCUGAGACGAGGAGAGAGACCGCAUCUUCCUGAUAAUACAGAGAGGUUUGAUAGAUACCCCUCUGUCCUGGGCUCUGAGGGCUUUAACUCAGGGACUCACAGCUGGGAUGUCGAGGUUGGAGACAGUACAGACUGGGGACUGGGUGUGGUAGCAGAGUCUGUUCAGAGGAAGGGAGACAUAGUGUAUGGAUUAUGGGGAAUAGGGUUCCAUCAAGGUGAAUACUCAGCAUGGUCACCACCAGAUACAGAAACUGAUGUCGUAGUGCAGAAGAAGCUCCAGAGGAUCAGAGUGACUCUGGACUGGAACAGAGGAGAGCUGUUGUUCUCUGAUGCUGAUACUAACAAACACAUACACACCUUCACACACACACUCACUGAGAGGGUGUUUCCAUUCAUUUUGACUGAGGAUGACGUCCCACUGAAGAUAUCACCAGUGAAGGUGUGACAGUGGAGCAGAGCAGUUAGAGAUAAAGAGGAUCGGGGGCGGCUGUGGCUCAGUGGUAGAGCGGUCUGCCAAUCGGAAGGUGGUUCGAUCCCUCUCCCUGCAGUCCCAUGUUGAAGUUGCCCCCUUCUGUCUCUAGGGUUAGGGUUUUUAACAUUACAUUCAUUUAGCUUAAACUUUUAUCCAAGCGACUAACAAUUCAAACCUAAAAGAAUCCUGCAUGAACGUUACCUUGAUCAAAUAUGCUGAACUGCUUAAUGUGCUGCAUUUAGAGGCAAUAACUUAU